UAGGUCACAAUAUUCAAGAGGUGAAGUUCAAGCUGCUUCUCAUCUGACGCCGUUGCCGGCUCUCUCCUUCUCCGUCUCCAGCGUUCAUCUCCGAUCGUCUCUUCUUCUCAAAGUCUCCGUCGCUCCCGCUCGGAUCUUCCUCACCGUUGCGUUGCUGUGCGGCCGCGCCGAUAUUCCGUUGUCGAGGGCUGCAUUGCUUGAGAAAUUUAGGGUUUGUUAUUUGCUGAAGAAAAAAAAUGAGGUUAGAGAAGUGUUGGUUCUGUUCCUCCCCUAUAUAUCCAGGACAUGGUAUUCAGUUUGUUCGCAAUGAUGCAACGAUUUUUAGAUUUUGUCGAUCAAAAUGCCACAAGAACUUCAAGAUGAAGAGAAAUCCUCGUAAAGUAAAAUGGACUAAGGCUUAUAGGAGGUUGCAUGGAAAGGAUAUGACAAAGGACUCUACUUUUGAAUUUGAGAGGUGGCGUCAUAGGCCGCAUAAAUAUGACAGGAAUGUCACUGAAGAUACAUUGAAGGCUAUUAAGAAGAUUGAUAAAAUCAGAAUGGAUAGGGAAUCGAGACAUAUUGCACGCAGACACCAAGGAAAGAAAGCAAAGGAGUUCAGAGAGGCAAAGAAGGAAUUGGAUCAAAGCAUCAGUUUGGUCAAAGCACCUUCUGUUCUCAAGGAGGAUCCUUCCCUCACCCUUCCAAAGCUCAAAGUCAAAGUGGUACCAUCACAAUCAGAGCAAGAUCGUAUGGAAGAAUGAGUUGUCAAUCUUAUACCACCAUAUCAAAUAUUUAUGUAGUAGUCACGUGGACAGACUUCUAAGAAAAUUUAUUGAAUCAUUUCCAAUUUUGUUUGAGGCUAUACAUACAGUGGUUUGAGGCAAUACUCAAAUUUUUGUUGUUGUUGUUGUUGUUUAUGGUACCUUUUGUAUUUUGUUAUUUUCUUUUUCAUCCAUGGAUAAGAAGUUUGUUGUAUUUUGUUUAGUAGUCCAUUAGAUAUAGAUCUUAGGGGGAACUAACCUCCAGCCAACUUUCUA